GGAGCAGCCGAGCGCCGAGCUGCCGAUGGGCGCCGCCCCGCGCGCGGACGUGGCGGCCAUGGAGCCGGGCGGCGGCCGCAGGGACAAGGCCAAGGCCAAGGAGCCGCUGGCGCGGCUGGAGAAGGCCAAGCAGAAGUCGGCGCAGCAGGAGCUGAAGCAGCGGCAACGCGCGGAGAUCUACGCUCUCAACAGGGUGAUGACGGAGCUGGAGCAGCAGCAGUUCGAUGCGUUCUGCAAGCAGAUGCAGGCCUCGGGGGAGUGAGCCCCGCGCCGCGCCGCGCCGCGCCGGGCCGGGCCGUGCGGCGGGGAGGGCGGCGGGGCCGGGCCGGGCCGGAGGGUUGGCAUCCCUACUUCCUGAGCCCGGUUCCACCUGCCUCGUCUUGCGCCUGCCGCAGCCCCGGGCGGGAGCAUUGGUUCACUUGUGCGCUCUCUGUCCAUUCGUGUUAAGGCGCGGUCUCUCCUCCUUGCAUUUAUUUAUUAUUUUGGUUCAAAAUGUAACAUUUGUUAAAAUUAAAAAUAGUGCUUGCA